AGAAACACCACUACCGGCAGGGUCCAAAGCAAACGCCAGAAAAUCCUAACCUUUUUACCCAAACCAGCCCGCGCUGUCUCGAUUUUAGCACCUCCUUAGCAUGCACUAUUGUUAUAGCCAACACGCCCCAAUCAAAUCAUGCCUCUACGAAUCUCAAACCAAUUCAAAUAGUACCAUAUAAUACUACCAAUGUCCCUUGAAUCUCCCCACCUUUCUUCUUUCUUCCUAUACAAAUUUUCAACAAAAACAUCAUCCCAGUAAGGAACCUCUCUUCCCUUUCCAAGUUAUCAUUUUUUCAACCCAUCCCCAUCUUCCUCCCCCUUUUUCAUUUCCUCCAAUCCCAAACAAAACCCCCAAAAAAUGCAAUCAUUCCCCCCCAUCCCCACUCUCGCAUGCCUUUACCUUACUUUCUUUACGUCACUACUAUUCCUACUACCUUUUUCUCGUGCCGGUUUACUCUCCGAACCGGUGAGCGACCCCAACCAGCCUCUCGAACCGGGCUCCAACACUGUCCCCGCCUUCCCUGUCCAGACCCAGGCCCUAACCUGCCGCCUCGACCUCUCCGACGAGCUCUUCGGCGGCGUCAAGGAUGCCUGCGGCAAGGACCUCGACCGGAGCCGCUGCUGCCCCGUCCUCGCCGCCUGGCUCUUCGCCGCUCACGCCCGCACCGCUCUUGAUGUCUCCGCCGCCCCUCCUCCGUCCUCCGCCGACCUUCCGAUGAUGCCCGACGACUCCCAAAAAUGCGUCAACUCGCUCCAGGAUUCGCUUCUCUCCCGCAACAUCCGAAUCCCUCAGCCCAACGCCACGUGCGACGCUAUUCUCUGCUUCUGCGGCAUCAGACUCCACCAAAUCACGUCGCUUACCUGCAACGCUGCGUUUAACGUCUCGCUUUCUCACAGGAACGCCACCCCAACCGCUGCGGUUCGCAACCUCGAGAAUAAUUGCCGUAACUCCUCUUACGCUGGUUGCACCAAAUGCCUCGGUGCCCUACAAAAGGUGAAGGGGUAUAAAAACGAGACGAAGGGAAGUGAUAGGGUGAAGAAAAUGUUCAACCGGGACUGUCAACUGAUGGGGUUAACGUGGCUUCUGGCGAAGAACAAAACGGCGUACAUACCUACCGUUUCGGCAGUGCUGCGUGCGAUGAUGUACAGUGCGCACCCUCACGAGUCCAAGUGUAGUCCUGACCAAGAGAACAUGCCGCUGGCCGUUGAUUCGCUUCAGUUCGAGAGCGGCCACGCGCCAUCUCGGCCGUCCAAGUUUUGCGUGACGGUUUUGCCCCUCGUGGUUCUCUUAUUAUUUUCCGCUUUUGUGUAGAAAGGGUGGGUCCACUUGCUGGGGUUUAGUGUCUGUCCUCUUCUCUUUCUCUCUCGCUAUCACGUGAAGCUGAGCUACUCGACAAAACAUGCAAACAAAACAUGGUGGGUUGUUUUUGUUUCUGACUAGAGGGAGGGUUUUUCUCGCUGUAAAUUUUCAGAGUCCAUUGACAUGUCUGUGUGUACAUGAUGCUAGUGCGGUAGUGUCACCAACUUACAUAGAAAGAAGAGGUUUUUUUUAGUUUUUCUUUUUU